CAAAACCCCUCGGGCGUUCGACCGGCGGCCAGUCACCCUCACCGGCAGGAUUUCUAACUGAUCGGAAUAACCCAAAAGAUAUGACCAAGACGAAGUACUCGGGUAGCCACAGUCCCGGAAAACACAAGUUUGCUGCCUUCGACUUCGCUGCAGAUGACGAGCGUAUCGAAACGGAAUCGAAGAUUAAACUCUCCAAAUUUAAGAAGAAAAGCCCCCAGAAACACAUUUCCCCCGUCUCCAAACUCACUUUCCUAAAUUCGUUUGCCAGAGGAGAGAAGAAUAUACGAAAGGAGAUUGAGGAUGAAGUUGUUCAUAUUGAUCAUUGUCUUGGUCGUGCGGAUGAGGGGAUCAUCAAGUGUGAUAGAGUUUCAUCGUCCGGCUCUGCUAACCAUAGGCCAUUGGAACUCAAUCAAACUGAAUAUCAUGAGUUGGUGAGUUCUUCGAGUGAAAGUACACCCCGUUCAGCAAGAGUUCCAGGCACUGUGACUGAUGACAAACAUUUAAGUGCAAGUCGUUCUCUAUUCCCAGCUGAUAAUGAGCCAGUUAUUGUAGAUUCAGACGAAGACUCUGUGACCGACUCGAGAUCUUCAAAAUCUACUUCCAGUGCACAGUGCUUGGCUGGUGCUGCUGCAGGUUUGCUAGAAGAACAACCAUCAAAGUUUACGUCCCAUGCACAUGUUACUGAAGCUUUGGUGGUUGUUCACCCUGAUCAUAUUAUAUACGGGAGUUUUUGUUCCGAAGAAUCUUGCUUGGAAUUUUCUCCAAAAUGCCUUCAACUCGAGGCUUUAUCCAAGUUUGGGACAACAAGGACUCACACAUUUAAGUGGAUGGUUUCUGAUAUUGUCUGCAUUGAGUCUAUUUGGUGUGAUGUUAUGAAAACAGCUCGUCUGGAUUUUCAUUUGAAGUACGAGACUCAGAGGACAUCAGAUGUUCGGGUGUUGACAAUUGCUGUUCAUAAUCCUAAUUGGUCUUUCAUACAAGAAGCAAUUCAAUCACUGGACAUCAUCUAUACGGCUAAGUGGAGAAGUGUUCGGGUUGAGACCAAGCGGACUGAGUUAUAUGUGGGACAGAAAAGUUCAGAAGAACCCUUUCAUGAAGUUCUUUAUCCUAAAGGUGAUCCUGCUGCUAUUUCCAUUAGUAGGAGGGAUGUUGAUCUGCUUCAACCAGAGACAUUCAUCAAUGAUACUAUUAUUGAUUUUUACAUCACGUAUCUCAUGAAUAAUAUCCCUUCAGAGAAGAGGCACAUGUUCCAUUUCUUUAAUUGCUUUUUCUUUCAAAAGCUUAUUGGUCUGGAUAAAGAUCCAUCUCAAGCUUGUGAAGGAAAGGCAGCCUUUCAACGCAUUCGCAGAUGGACAAUGAAAGUUGAUAUUUUUAAAAAAGAUUACAUUUUUGUUCCAAUAAACUUCAGUCUUCACUGGAGUUUGAUUGUCAUCUGUCAUCCUGGCGAAGUGGCUAGCUAUCGAGAUGAUGAAAUGAAGAAGAUAUCCCGGGCCCCAUGCAUUUUGCACAUGGAUUCUCUUAGAGGAAGCCAUAAGGGUCUCAAUAAUCUCUUUCAAAGCUACUUGUGCGAAGAAUGGAAAGCGAGGCACAGAGAGCUAGCUGAAGAUGUUUGCAGGAAGUUCUUGAAUCUUCAAGUUGUUCAUCUCGAGCUGCCACAGCAGGAGAACUCAUUUGAUUGCGGUCUUUUUUUGCUACACUAUGUUGAACUUUUUAUGGAGCAGGCUCCGGUCAACUUCAGCCCUUUUAGACUUCCACCCAGAUUUCUUUGCCAGGACUGGUUCAAGCCUAGAGACGUGUCUCAAAAACGUGACCAUAUCAAGAAGUUGAUUUAUGAAAUUCUAAAACAGAGUGGAGAAUAUGGCUCAACCGAUUAUUACAAGUAUUCUUCUAGUGGAAUAGAUAAGGAACACGCAGGUGUAGAAUUCAUGGAGGAAUUAUGCAUGUCUACGACUGAAAAAGGCCAAACCAGUGACUUGUGCCAUACAGUUGAUCCUGAAGGUCAAAUCAUGUCCCCACCACAACGGCAUCUUAAGAGCAGUAAAUUUGCAGUAUCAGAUUUCAUUUUUGGUCCAUGCUUUACUCCAAAAGCUGCCAACUUCGUGGACUAUCAUAUGCAUCCUGGAAUGGAGAAGCUGACCAGUCACAGUGGUAAAAUGAUGUCACCAAUAGAGGAAGAAGAAAACAUGGAGGAAGGAUUUAUGGACUUCACACCAGCAGUAGAUGAGAGGCACCCACAGACUGAACUUCCUCCAUUGAUGUGCCCUGUAAACGACAGCGACAAACUUCCAUUUGAACAACCACAGAGCAGUGGGUCGUCAAUAUCACCACAGAAUUCUCCUGGAGAAUCAGAAGUCAAGUCGUCCUCAUCAUUUCCCGGUGAGAAAUCUGUGGAGUGGAUAGUUCUAGAUUCUCAGGAAGAAAAUAACAGCUGCGAUGAUGAUGAAGACAACACACCAGCACACUCUUCCCCCCAAAGAACAGCAAAAACUUUUGUCUUGUGCAAUCUAGACGAAGACUCCACCGAGAACGGAUCAAAUCAUAUUCACCCAUCAUUUAUUCAAAAAGAAGCUGAAACAGGUAUCGAAAUAAUUGACAUUUCCAGUGCUGACAUUGAGAGUGUUGGGUUUGUUGUUGAAGACUCCGAGGACGAGGAGGAUAACAUUGAAAGAAGCAAACGUAGGCAGAGGAAAACGCAUACUAUGAGACGGCUCAUAGUAGACAUAUCAGAAGAUUUGUGUAUAUAGAUAUGCAUAUCAUGGUUGUGUAUGGGAAAUUGAGGCUACUUUCUGAAAUGAUCUUUUUGGGUGUAUAUAUAAGUUAGAUAUAAGGAGUAUAUAAUGCUGAUGUUCUUCAAAUAUACUAUAUUGCCACAGAAUCAUAUGCCAAAGUGAUUAGAUUCAUCAUAAAAUUUCUCACACUUA